AUGACGAUGAUCCCCCGGGCUAAUACAGCGCUAGUGCUGCUAGCCUCGCUAGUGGACGCAAAUGGAUCGCGCAUUGUCGAUGGAGAGAACGCCGAGCGUGGCCAAUUCCCGUACCAAGUGACGCUAACACAGAAGCUGUUGGUACUGUGCGGUGGUGUGUUGAUCCACGAGCGAUUCUUCCUCACCGCUGCUCACUGUCUCUUCGAUGCCAACAACACCCUAUUUCCCUUGAACAGCCUGAACGUGUUCUACGGUUCCGAGAAGCUGUUCUCGAAUGGCAAGUACAACCGCAUCAGUAAGGUGCUGGUGCAUGAUCAGUACGAACAUGGUAAUACUCAGUACGAUCUGGCACUGGUUGAGGUACGCCGUAGCUUCGAGCUGUCCUUCAACGCUCAACCAAUCGCACUGGCCGAGAGUGCUCUGGAAGAACAACAGACUCUGACCGUUUCCGGAUUCGGACGUACCUCGGAAGCUGGAAAUACCUCGUUCAAGCUAAAGCACGCCGAACUGAGCACACUGUCCAGUGCCGAUUGUCAGACGGCUAGCGGUGAUGGAUGGUACGAGGGUGCCCUCUGUCUCGAUACUAGCAGUGGUGCUGGUUUCUGUACCGGAGAUUACGGUGGUCCAGCGGUGUUCAACGGUACGCUAGUUGGUAUCGGUAGCUACACGGUCGGUGGACGAUGCGGUACCGGUCAGCCGGAUGUGUUCGUCGAUGUCGGUCACUUUAGUGGCUGGGUGCAGUCACAGAUUGACGGCAAGGAAGACGAAUAA